GCUGAUUGGCUGCAAUUGCCGACGCCGGCGUUGCGGUCCCGUGCGGGGCAGUGCAGCCCUGCAGGUCAUGGUGCUCGGCCGCAGGCUGUUCGGCUGCCGGAGCCUCGCCGCGCUGGGAGUCGCCUGCGCGCGCCGCGGCCUUGGCCCAGCCCUGCUGGGAACCCUCCUGUAUUACACAGAUUUAAGGAAGAGUUUGACUGUGGAACAGAGCGCCAUGAAGGUUGAGCUACUGCCUGCCCUGACCGACAACUACAUGUACCUGAUCAUUGACAAGGACACCAGGGAGGCUGCCAUUGUGGACCCUGUGCAGCCCCAGAAGGUUGUAGAAACCGUGAGAAAGUAUGGUGUGAAGCUGACCACGGUGCUCACCACACACCACCACUGGGACCACGCUGGCGGGAACGAGAAGCUGGUCAAGCUGCAGCCAGGGCUGAAGGUGUAUGGGGGUGACGACCGUAUCGGGGCCCUGACUCACAAAGUCACGCACCUGUUCACUCUGCAGGUGGGGAGUCUCCAUGUUAAAUGCUUAUCAACCCCCUGCCACACCUCAGGACACAUCUGUUACUUGGUGAGCAAGCCUGGUGGUCCAGAUCCCCCUGCUGUGUUCACAGGUGACACCCUGUUUGUGGCCGGCUGUGGGAAGUUCUAUGAAGGGACUGCAGAAGAGAUGUAUAGAGCACUGCUGGAGGUCCUGGGCCGGCUCCCUCCAGACACAAAAGUCUACUGUGGCCAUGAGUACACCAUCAGCAACCUCAAGUUCGCACGCCACGUGGAGCCCAGCAACACUGCUGUUCUGGAGAAGCUGGCCUGGGCCAAGGAGAAAUAUGCCACUGGGGAGCCCACGGUGCCAUCCACCAUCGCUGAGGAGUUCACCUACAACCCCUUCAUGAGAGUGAGGGAGAAGACGGUGCAGCAGCAUGCCGGCCAGACUGACCCCGUGGCCACCAUGCGCUACAUCCGCAGGGAGAAGGACCAGUUCAAGGUGCCGCCAGACUGAAGCACAGCACCAGCACGCGGGAGAGGAGGUUGGAAGCUGUCAUUCAUCAGUCUGCCAAACCAUGCCAAGUGGGGAUUCUGGGAAGAAGGCUUCCCCCAAGGUCGGGCAGGAGUCAGAACCUGGAGGAUCCAGCAGAGCCUGGCCUGGGACUGGUGACAGCAAGAGGUUGGCCCUGCCUCCACACUCCCUCCCCAGUGCUGUUCCCUCUGAUCCAGUGAUCCAUCCCUCAGCAGUCACCUCUGCUCAGAAGAAGGGUCACUCUGCUCAGACCCACACAUGCCUGGGAGUCCACUGACAGCAGAGGCAGGACACGAGAUCCCUUCUCUGCCUCCUCGCCACCUCGGGGUCAGAGUUCAUUUGCAGCCGGGUAUGGUGGUGUGCACCUGCAAUCCCCGUGACUUGGGGGGCUGAGGCGGGAGGAUCACAAGUUUGAGGCCACACUGGGCAACUUGGCAAGACACCAUUUCAAAAUUGAAAGUUCUGAGGGUGUGGCUCAGAGGUAGAGCACCCCAAGUUCAAACCCCAGUAACAUAAAGUGUGUGCUGUCCUCUAAUCCAGCAGGACUAGAGGUCUGCAAUAGAAAGUUCAGAAAAAUACCAAGAAAUUAAAUAAAACGUUUCUAAAUAGCA